CUUGAAACGGCGCGCGAAAAAGAUUCAAAGUGGCUUAAAUCGUGGGGGUGCCUGGGCACCACCACCAUGGCAUCGUCCCAAGCUACUAGCAUGGACGAUGGAGGGGGUGUGGUGUUGUCUGCGAUAGCCCUCCGGCACUUGGAGGUGGAGAAGGCGAACCUUCGCUUUAAACUGGCAGACGCCGAGAAGCAGAGCGAGCUGCGCCACGGCCAAGUAGCAGCGUACGAGUCCAAGAUCCAGGACUUGCUCUUGCUUGUGGAAAUGAACAAAAAGGUGGCCGCAGAAGCUUUGAAAUGCAGCACCAACACGGCGCACAAGCUAGAGGAAGCCAACGAGCAAUUGGAGCGAUGGCAAGCACGAGGCAUGGCCUCGCUUGCCCGACGGCGGCGGCGCCGCCACCUAGCCCAGGUUUUGGUCACUCUGCAAUGUCACGCCGGACGCAUGCGCUCGUGGUGUCGGAUACUGACACGCCGUCGUCAGGCCGCACUCCGCCUAGCCUUUGUUCGAUGGAAUAUCGCGCCAUCUCGGCAUGCUGCGCAGCUUUCUACAGCGGUGCCUUCAUUUCACGUUCCUUCGCAGCGUCCAACGUCAGUGGUUCGUUCACUCGACGCGUUGCAACAUUGUCUCGAGAAGCAGGCGCUGGCCCUUAUCAAGCCCCUUCGCCGCAAUGUGUUUUCGUCGUGGAAAGGGUCGCUCUCGACUACAAGGGGCCAAGAGUACACAGCGCAAGUGUGGCACAAGCGACAACUUCGCUACCUUUUGCGCCGGGUGUGGCUGGUAUGGACAACUCACGUGUCAAAUCGGGCGACUUGUCGACGGGCGAACCGACGGCAGAGGUUGCAGUUGCGUUGGCAGCGGUGGGUGAAAUACAGAUGGGUCCAAGUACGUCGAAGGUACCUGAUUGUCAAGAUUGUGGACGGCCAUCGCCGCCGCCAAAUGGUGCAGUGUUAUGUGCGGUGGCAAUUGCAGUCGAAAAACGAUCAAAUCGCUACGUGGUUGACUUGUUUGGAAGGGGCCAAAAUAGCUUUGGCCGAAGAACGAUCGGCAUGCGCCAAGCAGAAGGCAGAUGUCGAAGCGCAUUUGGAGCAUCAGACAGCAGCCGAACAUGAGCGACAUCGUGCUAUCGGCAACCACAUUGACUUGUGCCUGCGGUUCUUGCGAUGGGGUGGGUAUGUGAGGUUGCAACACCGAGUCAACGUCUUGGCCUACCAGCACGCCACGCAACGAACCGCCCAACUGGCUCGCAAACUGCUUUUUCGCUGGAGAAGGAUGCGCCACCUUCGACAAACCUCUGGCCAAUUCAGUCGUCAAUUCAAAGAUCAGAAUCUGCGACGGUAUGCUCGUCAAGUUUUGUUUCAAUGGUGGCGACUCUGCCGUCGAACUAAACUGCUGGGGCGACUCACCACCAAGCGAACUCGCGCCAUGUUGGCGGCAGGUCUGUCCAAACUAGUGGCUGGAAGCGUUCGACGACACAAAGAACAACAACUGCAACUUCAUUUAAAGUACUCCCACGUCCACAGCGACUUGGAUUUGAAACUCGAACAAAAUCGUCGGCAAUGCCAAGCCUCUCAGACCGCCAGUUACAUGGCCUACGUUCGCCAGCGCAACUACCUCCGAGGGAUGUUCAUCCAAUGGGGGCGAUGUCUGUUACGACGCCGCCUUCUUAAACGUCUGAUCUGCCACGUUGCCGAUCGAUGGCGCCAUCGACAGCACCACGCGUGGACGAUUUGGGCCUCUCAUGCGGUUCAGGCCAAAUGGACGUUGAUCUGGGGACGGGCCUGCGUCCACCAGCUCCACGCAACUGCCCUCCGCCGUCCGUUUGCCGCGUGGACAAGGCGAGCUCGAAGUGGCACACACACCAAGCGGAACCGAUUUUACAUGCAAAGUGCAUUGGCGCUUUGGCGGGUGUCGAUAGCUCAACGACGGACUCAAGUGCACGCAGCGGGUGAACUGUUCCGGGCUCUCCAUGUUUGUGUGGUGCGGCGUAGAUUUGAAACAUGGCGCCGAAAGGUGUCACACCACAACAAACUUGCGCAAUUCCACCGGCACAGACACCACCAAACCGUCCGUCGGAUGUUUCACAACUGGAGGAAGUUUGCCUGGGUGCAGUGCCACAUUUCCAUCUUUGCGACUGACACUGGCCAAGCUCGAGCUUCGAGUCGCAACUCCCACCGACUUAUGCGGCGGACGUUUCAAGCAUGGUAUCUUUGGCGCCAUCACGUUCACACCCAACGAGCGUAUGCCGAGCGAAGUUUGCGGCGGGGCCUCUUUGGGUGGCAAUGGUCCCACGUCCAAGCGUUUAGCCAGUGGAAAAGCAAAGUGCACCGGCGCCUUCUGAUGCAAACUGCAUUGGCUCGCAUCAUCAAGAGGCAUAAAUUGGCUCACAAGGGCCUCGCUGUCGCAUGGACGCGGUGGAUGUGGUCGAUCCGUGUAAUACUCGUGUCCCAACGGUAUCAACGUCAACUUCGAGUCGCCAGUCGAGAAGUCAAACUUGCACACGUCGACGGGCAUACGGAUACGCUGGUGUCUACGUGCUGGACAAAGUGGCGGUAUGGAGUGCUGACUUUUAGGAAGCAGGCUCACUAUGCGCAGCUCAUGACCGUGCGUCAUCAGCGUCAGGACGUAACCAAGCAUUAUACAUUGUGGACAGCUUACCAUAUUCAACGACGCCGUCAAGUUGCAUGGUUGCGGCAGUGGGCACGACAUGGCUGCACUAGAACCCUCGCGUCGGCGUUACGACGAUGGCAAGGCCAUUCACACACACUCUUGGAGCGACAAUACGAACAAGUAGCGGUCGCCGCCAACAAAACUUUGGCGGUUAUACUAUUAACCCAUCAACGAAAUGAAUAUCAACGAGCGGUGCUGCAAGCAUGGAAUCGACACACGCAACUUGGCAUUCAGAGUCGCCAUCGUCUGUUUCGACGGUUGUGUGGGGUGGCCAAGGGUCAAUUACGACGAGCGUGGCAGCGCUGGUUGGCGACCCCGUCUCCCGCUAGAACUUCCAGUGUGUCGCGGCUCCUGCAGCAGCACUGGGAUCAGCGUCGGAUCGGGCAGAGUUUCCGUGGGUGGCAUCGCCUUGCUCGAAGCAGUCGUCAGUGCAGUCAGGUCCUGGGGCGACUUGCCUGUAAGCUCCAAGGCGCACUAGUCCGCCGGGGGUUGGUGCGGUGGCAACUGGCCACAGCUGCAGCGAGACAGGGGCUACAACGAGCAAAGUUUGCAGCGUACACUGGCAAACAAUCGGACGGGUUGCGACAUUGUCUGCACUUGCAGUGGUACUGGCAUCGCUGGUACCGCUACCACCUCACGAUUCAGGACCAGAGACGGCAGUGGAGCCAUCGGCAAGACAUAUGUCGACAUACCUUGAUGCGGCGGUGCAUGCUUGCAUUAAGUUCCCAUCGCGCCCUCCGGUGGAGACAGGUCCUUGCCCUUCGAGGAACCUGCCAAAGGAUGCGUCGGGUCUACUUGGCGCUGGCCAUGUCGUCAUGGCGGCGCAAGGUACACGGACUCAGCUUGAUUGAAUCCACCGCUCGGUCUGCACACGACCUCAAGCGCGCCAAGCACACCAUCGCACACUUGCUUUUCGUCCGAUUUAAGCUUGCUCUCGUCGGUCGAUGUCUUGUCGCGUGGCGGAAGAUGACGGCCCCCCGCCGAGUCCGCAUGCUGCGCACAUGGUCGACCUGGAUCGACGUGCUCGCGACUGCCCGACACGCCUCCCGCAUCCGUACCCUCCGCACGUUGGCCACCCGGUUCCACGGCUGGAAAUCCUCGGUGGCGCUUCGUCACCACCAACGCCAAAGAGUUCGCUUCCUUGCCGCGCGUCGGUACCGACGGGGAAUCCUCCGCGGCUUUCAUACCUGGCAUCGCCUCGUGCGUCGCUCGAUGCAUGAGGAAUGCCUGCAGCGAGUCGCCAUCAUUGAAGACAUGGUCGCGACUCAAACGCUGGUGCUGGACACGUUGAACGUUUUGCGACCGAUGGUUCACCGGUGGCGACAAGCUGUCGUCCAUGCUCAUAUGCAUCGCCAUGACGUGGCAGAGUGUCAGCACUCGACAAUGCAAUCGCUGUGGGGUCAUUGGGCAUCAUAUAGUCGUAGACGUCGGCGAGUCGCCCACAAUCUAAAAACCCUCCAAAGCCGCUUGGUUCGUCACGUCUUGACCUUGUGGUGUCGAUGGCAACGGCGAUGGACCGCCGUGAUUCGUGCGUUGAGGGCGUGCGUUGUGCUGUCGAUUCGUAGACGACUCCGUACGAACUGGGCGCGUUGGCUCAAGACCGACCAACAACAGGUGGCACUAGCUAGCCAGCAGCGCCUCAGCGACGAAAGGCUACGAUGCCACGCCACAGUCGUUCGAUUUCAACGAAGUGCCUUGCGAUGCACUUCCCUGGCUAGGAUCAGGAUGACUUCUUUUUGUCUCCGUCAUGUCUGGACUGAGUGGACGCGCCUUGUUUGCAUGCGACGAUGGUGGCAUCGAAAGCGCACCUUCCGCCACUUGCGCACCACGUGGCAAAAGUGGAACGCCAGCCUGCGGGCAGAACGUGUCGUUCGAUUAAAGGACAUGUGGGGUCGAUGGCACACGGCCGCUGUCCGGGGUUUGCAGGACCGGUCCACACGACACAAGUGCGUGGAUCGAUGGACGCUCGACCGAUGCAUAUGGUUUCGCCGAAUCGUGUGGCGGCACUGGACAACGUUCACGGACGCGCACACGCAGUGGCGCCGCCGUCAAGUCGUCCUCGGUCGAAAGGCGUCGCGACGGGCACUUCGGCGCCGUGUGUUUGUUGCGUGGCGUCACAUGCACAUGGUGGCAGCCGACGUCGAUGCGACCUCUCGCCGCCUUCUCGGCCUCGUGGUGUCUAAUUGGCGCCACGCUGCCAAACUCAGAUCCAACCGCCGGGCAAAAUCACAACACCGUUACGACCAAACCAUGGCGCUCUGUCGAUACAUUGAAACGUACGGAUCGCGACUGGUGCUUCGACUCCCGACGGUGUUUUUGGCGUGGAAGAACGCUGUCGUGUUCAGCACAAGAACUCUACUUCGUCCUGGGCAGUUGCUGCGACACAAAGUGGCACAGACACGACAGCGGCAUGCCGCGUUUGCUUCGUGGGCAGAGUAUGUCCGCGGCCAUCGCCGCCGCCGCGCCGCUUCCAUGGCGCUGCUUACGAAGUCAAAGGAUCGGACAACUCGAUGGAAAGUGUGGCACGCGUGGUCUCUCCACACCCGCGACAAGCACGACGCCACGACGAGGCAGAGAGAGCAACAACUCCGACGAAUAUGGAGGUCGUGGGCCGACUCGACAAGUCGAAGGGCGCACCGUGUUCACGGUCGGGAUGCGUGGAGUGCCUUUGUGUAUCGCCUGCGGACUUCAAUGUUGACGGCCCUGUCGUUCCAUGCAUGGCGACAAUGCGUUCACACGCGUUUGCAUCGACAAACACCAGCCGACUAUUGGACGGUGCACUCCGGUGCGUCGUGGCGGUUCGUUCUUCGGAAGGCAACAGACAUUGCCAUUGCGUGGCAAAGACGGCAGGUUCGGUUCGCAUGGUGGCGGUGGGUGCUCCAUGCCAAGGGCAUCCCGUCCGACAAUGUACUGGAUCUAGAUAAAUCGACGGACGCGGCGGCGGCGGUGGCGCACUGGACGUGGGCGCAGUGGAAGGCCAGUGUCCUGCACGCCCGGCGACAGCAGCGAUGGCUCAUGGCUUUUUUCACCAAGACGUGCUACGUCCAGCAACUGCGGCGCCGCUUUGUACGGUGGAAGAAGGUGCUUUCGGCAACCCCACAACAACUACUAGCCGUAGAUGACGACCACAUGCAGCAACUGCGUGUGGCUGCGGGACUACGGCGCUGCUUCGUCUCGUGUGGGUUCAUACGGUGGAAGGCUUGGUACAUCCAUGAAGCGUUGGCCGAGGCGGAGACCGAGCACGCCCUGCUCAUGGAUGCGUUGCAGGACAUUGCGUCGUAUCGGAUGUCUUUGUAAAUGUCAAUUCAAAAUCUUGUAUGGUCGUAC